AGAGGGAGCGCUUCCUGGUGGCUGAAUCCCUCAACAAAUAUACUCAAAUGCUUUUAUUGAUGGAUAUUCCUGUUCAUGUGAAUCAUGCCUCGUAAAAAGGAACUCUCAGAAGAUUUACGAGCCAAAAUUGUUGAUCUGCACAAAACUGGAAAAGGGUAUAAAAUAAUAGCACGCACUUUGGGUAUUCAUCUCUCCACAGUUAGGGAGAUUGUGCAUAAAUGGAGACGAUUCAAUACUGUGGCUACUCUGCCGAGAAGUGGACGCCCUACAAAGACGUCUGCAAAGACAAAGAUCAUCAACGAGGCUGGUCAUGGCUCUACUGAGCCAAAAGGUAACAGAAGAGGAGAUUCAAACCAUAAAAAGGCUCAGCAUGGGUCUGUUGGGCCAACAGAUGAUAGAACAGAUUCAGACCAUCAAACGGCCAGUCAUGUGUCUGCUGGGCCUACAGAUGACAGAAGAGGAGAUUCAGAGCAUGUAAUGCAUAUUGCGAGAGAUAACACAGUCUACAAUGACGGGGACACAGAUUCUUACUCAUCUGAUUCUGACGAAGAUGAAGAUCCUACGGCCAGUCAUCUGUCAGCUGGGAAAGCAGAAACCAAAAAGCACCAAGGACCAACGAGCUGUGCUUCAUCUGAUGAUGAAACUACAGAAGAAGAUCCAACAGAGCAGUUUUUCUGUGGCGAGAAGAAGAUAUAUGCUGGUUCCUCAGUCACAAUGGGAGCCCUCCUCCUGCUCCUCCUGGCGUUCAUUGUGAAGCACGGCUUGUCAAAAGCAGCAACCAGAGAUCUCCUGCACCUCCUAAACUUGGUGGUACCCGGAUGUGUUCCAAAGUCGCUUCGCUUUUUAAAAAAACAUUCGACUGAUUACAAUAGAAAGACAGAGAUUCACUUUUAUUGCCCCAGGUGUACAAACUACCUUGGUGUGGAUCCCGGUAAUGAGUGUAGCGUGUGCCAGCAGAGCUUGAACAGAAAAUAUCUGAUCUUGAAGGCUUACUACUUCCUUGUAAUGCCGCUAGAAAUUCAGCUAAGAAACCUCCUUGCACGCGUCCACUCCAAGCUUGGGAAGCAUUUCACGAGGGAUGAUUCCUUUUCUGAUGUCCACACUGGAAAUGAAUACAAGAGUGAAAGACAAGAUGGCAGUAUUACACUCACCUUCAACUGCGAUGGCUCGCCCGUCUUCAGCUCCUCAAAAUACUCCAUCUGGCCCAUCCUGUGUACCAUCAAUGACCUACCGUACGUGGAACGGUGCAAAAACGUUCUGUUGCACACUUUAUGGUUUGGCAAAGGAAAACCACAAGUUCAGAGUUUUUUGACUCCGUUCAUUAAUGAGCUUCAGAAACUGUCUACUGCAGGGUUCUGUUGGAGAGAUGAGAGCGGCUCGGAGCAUCACACCACGGUAACAGUUAAAAUAUGCACAUGUGAUGCGAUAGCAAGAGCAAUGGUGCAGAACUUUGAGCCGUUUAACAAAGAAUUUGGUUGUGGUUUUUGCUACCACAAAGGUGAGAUGGUUAUAAAGGGCAGGGCUUUUACCAGAGUUUACCCGAUACAGAUGGACGGCUGUGAUCUGAGACUGAAACAGUGCAACUUGCUGAGUUAGUGAUGGGAAAUAGUUAUGACCAGAGUCAAAUGGGGGUU